AUGGACGAGGUUUUCUCAUUACACAUGGAAAAGCUCGAUGUAUACGAUGUACUCCUCCUGGCUGGCAUUCUCUCGGUGAUAAUUUUAAUUUGUAUUUAGUUUAAUGCAAUUUCUGUUUAACAGCAGCUAGCAAAAAAAUGUAGCCAACAAAUGCAAGUCGUUGUGAAAUUACAACGCGAACGAUGUACCAAAGCGUAAUUGUAAAACAUAUGUGCCCUCAUGGGGCCAGUGUUGAAAAACGAGGCAAAUUAGAGAUGCGGUAUUAUACAAUUAAUUUAUCCGAGUUGAAUGUGUACUCAUGAAAUAGCAUAAUUUUUUGUACAAUAGUAAAUGAAAAUAAUAUUUAGUGCCCUUCCCUCCAAACAAUUAUGGUUUUGCUCAGAACGUGGUAUUAUUUUUGCCGUUAUGUUAAAACAAAAAAAAACUUAAAGUUAAUACAAUUUGUUUGUAAAGACUGAUUUCUUGUACGUAGUUGAGUAAGCUCCGAAAGUUGAACGUAAUAAAUUUUAAAGCAGAAGCUAAAACCAUGUGAACAAUGUGAAAUGUAAUACGUAUUAUUUAAUAAAUGUUUUGAAUAUUUCAA